GCAGAGCCGCCGCCGAAGCCAAUGGGGAGGCGGCGCUGAGCGGGCUGCCCUCCGCGGGAGUCGGCAGCCGAGGGCAGCGGCGCGGCGGGCGAGCAAUGCCUCUCACUUCUCCGCUCGCGCUUCCCUUCCUCCUCCUCCUCCCGCUCCCGGCUCUGAAGCUUUUGUUUUCCCCAGCUGCUGCGAUGGCAGGAAACUUCCCGGAGGGAUGGGUUCAGGCCGCGCUUGUGCUGCGCCGGGCUCCGCAGGGCACCGGCCGCGCCGUGAGGUUAUUUGGGAAGGGAAUACUUUGUUGAACACAACAGCACAAGAUGACUUAUGAUUCCUGCUCUUCGUGGGAGCCUGUCUGGAUUGUCCCUGCAGAAUGCUACAGCUUCCUUUCCUCUUCAGUGUUCUUGUCUUGUGGAGUCAUAAACCUCAGUGGAACUUGGGCACAAGCUUGUCACUGUUUGCAGAGAUGGAGAAGAUGCCCUCUGAAGAUGGCUCUAUCCCUUUUCUGAUUAUAAACAUGAAAACAGCCAGAAGGGACUGUUGCAGUCAUCCCGAAUGAAUGAGAUGGAAAUACUGACAUGAACUUAAGAACUUUGAUGCUUUCAGACAUUGAAUUUUGAUUGUUAAACGAUCAGUUAAAAAUACUGCCUGAACAAGAUGAAAUGCCUUGAAGACUUUUGGUUCUGCUUUCAUUUCUCCUGAAGCAAUGGUUUUCUCAGCAAUGUUGACACUGGCCCACUCUGGGACCUCAAAUGCUACUUUUAUUGUCUAUGAAAAUGCCUAUACGAAUUUUACCACUCCCCAGUUCUUGCUUCAUAGUGGCACAACACAGCCAUUGAGAUAUAGUUCAGGUGUUGUGCUCACCACUGAGAGAAGUACUUUUCUGGUAAACACUACAGCUAUCCUGCCAUCGCAAGAAGUUUUCAGGAGCUUGAGUUUGCCACUCCAGAUCAUUCUUUCUGCUGCUAUGAUAUUUAUCCUAUUGGUUUCUUUCCUUGGAAACUUUGUUGUCUGCCUCAUGGUCUACCAGAAGGCAGCUAUGCGAUCUGCAAUUAACAUCCUCUUAGCAAGCCUGGCUUUUGCAGACCUGCUGCUGGCAGUGCUGAAUAUGCCAUUUGCUCUUAUAACAAUCAUUACCACUCAGUGGAUUUUUGGGGAUAUAUUUUGCAGAGUUUCUGCCAUGUUCUUUUGGCUUUUUGUCAUAGAGGGGGUAGCCAUUCUUCUCAUUAUUAGUAUUGACCGAUUUCUUAUCAUAGUUCAGAGGCAAGAUAAACUGAACCCUUACCGUGCAAAGAUUCUCAUUGUGAUUUCCUGGGCAGCAUCCUUUGUUGUUGCUUUUCCGUUAUCAGUAGGGAAUCCUAACCUGCAGAUACCCUCGAGAGCACCUCAGUGUGUUUUUGGCUACUCUACGAGCCCAGGUUACCGAGCCUAUGUGAUAGUUAUCUUGCUAAUUUCUUUUUUUAUUCCCUUCCUGGUAAUGCUGUAUUCUUUUAUGGGCAUACUCAACACCGUCCGCCACAAUGCAGUUCGUAUCCAUAGCCACCCUGAUAGCAUAUGUCUCAGCCAGGCCAGCAAACUUGGUCUCAUGAGCUUACAGAGACCUUUUCAGAUGAACAUUGAUAUGAGCUUUAAAACUCGUGCCUUCACAACCAUCUUGAUUUUAUUCCUUGUCUUCAUAGUCUGUUGGGCACCAUUCACCACUUACAGCCUUAUUGCCACGUUCAACAGCCACUUCUACUACAAGCACAACUUUUUUGAGAUAAGCACUUGGCUCCUUUGGCUCUGCUACCUCAAGUCUGCACUGAACCCACUGAUUUACUACUGGAGGAUUAAGAAGUUUCAUGAUGCAUGCUUAGACUUGAUGCCCAAAUUCUUCAAGUUUCUGCCACAGCUACCUGGCCAUACAAGGCGGCGCAUUCGACCCAGUGCCAUCUAUGUGUGUGGGGAGCACCGGUCGGUGGUUUGAAACUGUGGCUCUUUGACAAUGAUUGUUGUAUUUUGGGAUUAUUUUCCGGCUUUAGGUUGAAUUUUGUUUUGUUUCAUAUGGCUUUUUCAGUAUGGCCAUAUCUUAUAACUUGAUUUAGUUUUCCACUACUCUGUGCAAUUUUGGGAAGAUAGAGGGAGGGAAAGUGGUUGGUUAUAGUUGGGUUUACUACCAGAACACAAUGUAAACAAAAUAACAAAUGUUACCUCUGGGAUUCCAUGGAAAUCCAUUCUUUUAAAUGAAAACUACAUUUGUAACAUUUUGUCAGGUUUAUGCUUACUAGGCCUGCAAUCUAAUUGCAGGGACUUUUUAUGCUGCUAAGAUAUGGUGUAUUUAGUUGGUGUGAUUUUUCUGAAAAAUGUUGCUGCUGUCUGCCAAUAUAAUAGAUCCAAAAAGUCUCAUUAGAUUACUUCUAUUUAAUUUAACAAUAUUUCAGAAGUUUUCAUUAUAGCAUUAGAAAACUUUUUUUUUAAUAUUUCCAUUAAUAUUUUUGUGCACUUUACAAAAUUUACUAUAUAAUUUGUUCAUUGGAAUAUUUUAUUCUGUAUUGAAGGUGUAUUAUUAUUGCUGUUAUAAUUUGUUAUGUUGGUGAAUUUCAGUGAAAGACCCAUGUAAGUUGUAGGAGGGCAAUUUAUGUUGGUAUAGCUACAUGUACAUAAAUUUGCUGGUUUUUUAACAAUUGGUCAAAAGUAACUAACUGCUCAGUUAUCAGAGGAGUUAAAAGGAGAAAAAAGAGGAAUGGAAGGGAAAGAGAGCAACAAAAAUUCCAUGACCCGAGGUUUAGGCUAACACAAGAUUUAAUAAUAUAGUGUUCAUGUGAAAAUUAUUAUGAGGUAAAGGGUGACUGUAGUUAUUACUUGAGGCUGUUACAAGCUACUCAAACCUGAUGAUAUGCCUGAAAACCUAUCUGAAAUAGUGAUUUUUGAUCCUGCAAUUUAUACUGUGUUUUUUAGUGAUGUUUCUGCUCAGAGCUCAUAUAAGGCUGGAUAUGCUCUACACUGUUGAAAUCAUGCUGUCAGGCAUUUGUUGGGAUAGAAUUAGAAAUAGUAGGGUAAACCAGAAAAGAGAUGGCAAAUAACCCAUAGCUGAGGUUAGAAUUUAGUCUAUAUAGUAAUUACAGGGGAAGAAAAAAUCCUCAACUUGCUUGUUUUACAAUUUAAGUAUUGGACCAAAACCAUAAACAGACAAUCACAGAAUCAUAGAAUGGCUUGGUUUUGAAGGGAUCAUAAAGAUCAUCUAGCUCCAACUCCACUGCCGUGAGUACGGACGCCUUCCACUAGAUC